UUCCCCAAACCUAACACUCUCUCUCCCUCUCUCUCUUCUUCAUUCUUCAACCUCAAGCAAAACUCUCAAUUCCCAAUAGCACGAAACCCUAAUUCCCCCACCCAACCCCCCCAAUGGAGGUCAGUCCUCUCCACCACUGCCGCACCUGGCUCCCGAUUCGCUCCCGCGCCGCUUCGCUUUGUCCGCCGCGCCGGACCUCCUCUAGGGUUUCGAUUCGCCGCAGAAAUGUGUGCCUCGCCUCCAGCUCCGAGACCUUGAUCGGGUCCCGCAAGGAGGAAGGGAAGCGCCGCAAGGCCGUCAACGAGAGAGACGAGGCGGAGGACUUGAAGGAGUGGAUGCACAAGAACGGGCUGCCGCCGUGUAAGGUGGUGCUCAAGGAGCGGCCGUCGUAUGACGACAAGCACAGGGCUAUUCACUACGUAGCUGCCAGUGAAGAUCUCGAGGUUGGUGAUGUUGCAUUUACGGUGCCGAAUUCGUUAGUUGUGACACUGAAGAGAGUGUUGGGGAAUGAAACUAUUGCGGAAUUGUUGACGACAAACAAGUUAUCCGAAUUGGCAUGCUUGGCACUCUAUUUAAUGUAUGAGAAGAAACAAGGGAAGAAGUCGUUUUGGUAUCCGUACAUUAGAGAACUUGAUCGUCAGCGAGGGAGAGGUCAGUUGGCGGUGGAGUCUCCUCUCUUAUGGUCGGAAUCUGAGCUGGCUUAUCUUACCGGCAGCCCCACUAAGGCUGAAGUUCAUGACAGGGCUGAAGGAAUUAAAAGGGAAUAUAAUGAGCUCGACACUGUCUGGUUUAUGGCUGGGUCUCUAUUUCAGCAAUACCCAUACGAUAUUCCUACUGAGGCCUUCCCAUUUGAGAUAUUCAAACAAGCUUUUGUUGCAGUUCAGUCUUGUGUAGUGCAUUUACAGAAAGUUAGUUUGGCUCAGAGGUUUGCUUUGGUACCUCUUGGACCCCCACUGUUAGCUUAUGGAAGUAAGUGCAAGGCAAUGUUGACAGCUACUGAUGAUGCUGUUCAACUGGUGGUUGAUCGGCCAUAUAAGGCAGGGGAAUCUAUUGCUGUGUGGUGUGGACCACAGCCUAAUUCAAAAUUGCUUAUAAACUACGGUUUUGUUGACGACAAUAAUCCUUAUGACCGCUUGAUGGUUGAGGCAGCUUUGAAUACUGAGGAUCCACAAUAUCAAGAUAAAAGAAUGGUUGCUCAGAGAAACGGAAAGUUAUCAGUACAGGCUUUUCAGGUAUAUGUUGGGAAGGAAAAGGAAACUGUGUCAGAUAUGCUUCCUUAUCUCCGUCUAGGCUAUGUUUCAGAUCCUUCAGAAAUGCAGUCUGUUAUCUCUUCUCAAGGUCCAAUUUGUCCAGUUAGUCCCUGCAUGGAAAGUGCAGUGUUGGACCAACUUGCUCAAUAUUUUCGAGCUCGGCUAGCUAGCUAUCCAACUACUUUGAGUGAAGAUGAGUCUUUGUUGGACGAUCCUAAUGUGAAUCCAAAGAAGCGAGUUGCUACACAGCUUGUUAGGUCAGAAAAGAAAAUACUACAUGCAUGCCUGCAGGUAACUCUAGAUUUUAUAAAUCAGUUACCGGAUCUCAGUGUAACUCCAUGCCCAGCCCCUUACGCCCCUUCGUUGAGAUAAAAGGUAGAUCCAGGAAAUGAAAAAUGCAUAGGCAGUUGAGGAUGAACGAAAGAUGUGUCACUGGCUCUUCUAGUUGCGUCAGAGAGAGGACGAUGAGGCUGUUUCAGUUCAGUAACCCAUGAAGCCAUUUCUAAUGGUUUAUCAGCAUGUGAUAUAUCCCGCCAUUUGAUUCCUCUUUCUACCGGUGUGGCUUUGUUUCACGGGGUGCCUUAUGCUGUUAUGCUUUGUAAAGUUUAAAAGUAAAAAGGAAGAAUCAGUAUGAACUACGAAGAAUGUUGAUAGACAGAUCGAUUCUCGGUCUUUGUAAAUGAAAAAUGGCCUUCCAAUGUGCUAGAUCCAAUUGUUCACAGGCGAUUAAGUUUACUCUGAAACAUUUUGAUUGAAUUUACUCGAAA